UUUGUCCUCUAGGAUUCUACCUGGGAUUUUCCUUUGGAAAAGUUGCUGUAGUUCCAUCAAAAUAUGGAACUUGAUUUUGGACAUUUUGACGAAAGAGACAAAGCGUCUAGGAAUAUGAGAGGGACACGGAUGAAUGGGCUCCCCAGUCCCACUCACAGUGCCCACUGUAGCUUCUACAGAACCAGAACCUUGCAGGCACUAAGUAAUGAGAAGGCCAAGAAGGUACGUUUCUACCGCAAUGGGGACCGCUACUUCAAGGGGAUUGUGUAUGCUGUUUCUUCUGACCGUUUCCGUAGUUUUGACGUGUUGCUGGCUGACCUGACUCGAUCCUUGUCCGACAACAUCAACCUGCCUCAGGGAGUGCGCUAUAUUUACACCAUCGAUGGGUCCAGGAAGAUCGGAAGCAUGGAUGAACUGGAAGAAGGGGAAAGCUAUGUCUGUUCCUCAGACAACUUCUUUAAAAAGGUUGAGUACACCAAGAAUGUCAAUCCCAACUGGUCUGUCAACGUAAAAACAUCUGCCAACAUGAAAGCUCCCCAGUCCUUGGCUAGCAGCAACAGUGCUCAGGCCAGAGAGAACAAGGACUUUGUGCGCCCCAAGCUUGUGACCAUCAUCCGCAGCGGGGUGAAGCCUCGGAAGGCAGUGCGGGUGCUUCUCAACAAGAAAACAGCCCACUCUUUCGAGCAGGUCCUCACUGACAUCACAGAGGCGAUCAAACUGGAAACUGGCGUCGUCAAGAAACUCUAUACCCUUGAUGGAAAGCAGGUCACCUGUCUCCAUGAUUUCUUUGGGGAUGAUGAUGUAUUCAUUGCUUGUGGUCCCGAAAAGUUCCGCUAUGCUCAAGACGAUUUUUCUUUGGAUGAGAACGAAUGCAGAGUUAUGAAAGGGAAUCCAUCUGCCACAGCUGGCCCAAAAGCUUCCCCAACACCUCAAAAGACAUCAGCUAAGAGUCCAGGCCCAAUGCGUCGCAGCAAGUCUCCUGCUGACUCAGGUAACGACCAAGACGCAAAUGGAACUUCUAGCAGUCAGCUGUCAACACCUAAAUCGAAGCAGUCUCCGAUCUCUACACCUACAAGUCCGGGAAGUCUUCAGAAGCACAAGGACUUGUACCUCCCACUGUCACUGGAUGACUCCGAUUCACUGGGCGAUUCCAUGUGA